UUCUGCCGGGAAGGAGGAGAGCCUGGAGCGAGGUCGACGCGACAGUGACACCACUAGAAGGGAGAAGUUUCGAGGCACGCCAUUCGUCUGUCUCGAGAGGGUCCACUAAGCCCCCUCAACUACAUCCUGUUCCGGCCCGGCGGACUGAUAUGAUUCCUCCAAUGUCAGGCGUCGCUACUGUUAGCCCAUUCUUCCUCAUGGCGCAAGCCCCCGACGGCCAGCCCGCAGCCGCGUCCUUGCUGCUGCCACGGCCCACGAAUGAGUUCUACAGCCUCUCCGCCUCUAUUCGACACUACAGGCGCCACCCGUUUCUCAUCAUGGCUGCCGCGGUAGCGCUGCUGGCGAACUUCCUGCCCAUCAUCAUAUCUAACGUGGCCUACAGGCUGCAGCAGACAUAUGUAUCGUAUCCUGUCUGCGCUAGGGCCAGCAUCGGGAUACUGGCCAUUAUGAUCAUGGCACUUCUGGCCUCGAUGCUAGUCAGGUGGCCAUAUCUGCCUGUUGACCCGCGAACGAUUGCAGGCAGCCUGCACUAUGUGACGAACUCUGAGAAACCCUCGGCCAUCUCGCAGGCCUGUCGCAAGCCUGUCGCAUCUGGCGCGAGACGAGCGCGAAAGAAGGGUCGUGGCGCUGCAGUACCGAUACUUUUAUGGCCAAUUUCGCGGACUUCCCGGGCAACGCCGGAUGUGCAUAUGCACACAACUUUCGCUAGAUGAGUGAGGCGAGACCCGAAAAUCGCUUGUUCCACGACGAGUUCGUUGUAGGAGAGGGAGUGUGAAUGGGAAUAUCGAUAUGCUUUCCCCUCAAAAUAUAAACCGCUCUUCACAACUCGUGGCAAAUGCAGGUCCGAUCCCAAAAGACAACUGGAUAUCACUGGACACAUUGGAAAUUGAGAAAUUGUCUUGCGGCGGUGACAGGAUCGAGACGAUGUGACCAAUUCUGCCACCUAUCAUCUGUGGCUCACAGAGCCAUCGCAAUGUACUU